UAACGCCGGGUUGCAGCUUCUGGGCUGUUGCUAAGAAGGGCGGUUGGCCCUCGCUUUCAGAGGAGCCUGCGCAGGAGCGCACACCUUGGUUCUUCCAGCUUGGUUCUGGUCUGCUGAGAGUGAUGCCGCUUCCCGACACCAUGUUCUGCGCUCAGCAGAUCCAUAUCCCCCCCGAACUGCCGGACAUCCUGAAGCAGUUCACCAAGGCUGCGAUCCGCACCCAGCCCGCCGACGUGCUCCAGUGGUCCGCGGGGUAUUUCUCAGCUUUGUCAAGAGGAGAUCCACUGCCCGUGAAGGACAGAAUCGAAAUGCCCAUGGCCACUCAGAAAACAGACACAGGCCUGACUCAAGGGCUCCUUAAAGUUUUACACAAGCAGUGUAGCCACAAGGAAUAUGUGGACAUAGCAGAUCUUGAGCAGAAAUGGAAAAAUUUGUGCCUGCCUGUAGAAAAAUUCAGAGCUCUCCUGCAGCUGGAUCCUUGCGAAGAUAAAAUCGAGUGGAUAAAAUUUUUAGCGCUUGGAUGCAGCAUGCUUGGUGGGUCACUGAACACCGCGAUGAAGCACCUGUGCGAGAUCCUGACCGCGGACCCCGAGGGCGGGCCCGCGCGCAUUCCCUUCGGGACCUUCUCCUACGUCUACCGCUACCUGGCCGGGCUCGACUCGGACAUCACCGCGUCGGACACCGAGUCCUACCUUUCCUCGCUGAAGGAGAACGCAGCUGCUAGAAAGAAUGGUAUGAUAGGUCUUUCAGAUUUCUUCAUUCUAAAGAGGAAAAUUUAGAAAACCUUGAGAAGAAAACUCAGAAGACAGGCCAUUAAUACAGAGAAGAACACAUUUUAAUGUCAAAAUAGUGCCUUUCAAAACCUUGACACCAAAUACAACCUGUC